GCUCGACCGACCGUGGCCGCGAAGGAACAUGAGUGAUGGAGGUCGUGCUGGGUACGGGGGGGCCAGCAGGAGCCGCCGCAACAGUCGCCAUCGGCAGCCUUAGGAGCAGCCUUCGGAGCAGCGCCAGCCGAUCGCAGCGAUGCGCCCGGUCGCUGACGCUGACCACCGAGCCGCCGCCUGUCCCACCACCACAGAAUGCCCCGGGCCCAUGCAGCGGCCCCCCGCCUCUACAUCAGUUGCAAAGUUUCGCUGCUCGCGGCACUCGUCAUCCUGAUGGCUACGGCCGGCCUACUGGCCACUUCCAAAGCCACACAAACCAACACCCUGCGACGCUACGAUUACUAUACCAACGGAGAUCACCACUUCUAUCACAGCAAGCACACACAUUCCCAGCAACAGCAACCCUUCGGCAGCAGCAGCAACAGCAGGACCGAGGAGGAAUCGUGGGCGUUGUCCUAUAGUAGUGUCGGAUCGGGCGGCGCCAGUGGGACGGUGGGGAAGAAGCGUCGUCGCGAAGUCUCUACCGCAGCCAUCAGUCGCGUCUUCUUCGGCAUCAACCCGUGGAUGCCGGCCCAAGACGUCCAAGAGGCCGUGGCAGCCUCUCUGCAGUGCCCGUUCGACGGGGGCGGGGCCAGAAGCCAAGGAGGCGGGGCCAGAAGCGAAGAAGGCGGUACCGGUACCGGUUUCGGCUGCCCGCCCCCUUGCGCCAACGCGGCGUCCGCACUGCAGGUCGCCGCAGCGCGCACAGCCACCACCGCCGCCAACAGCCACGACGACAGAUCUACACAGUGCCUUCAUUAUCUGCAAGAAUCGCACAAAGAAGAGGUAGGGUUUGAAUAUAAUACAAUUACGUUUACAGAUCUUAAAAGUAGCCCAGCAGCUAAUCCACAUUUUAUUUUAUUUAUUUUAGAUAUUCUUUUGUUUGUAAUGUUUUACAAAGCCACUUUAUUUUCAAAAACAUUUAAAAUGCUCAGCUCUAAGGAAUAUUGGUUAAAAAAAUCAUUCACUUGA